GGCGGCCACGUGGGCAGCGGAGCGCGGGCGGCGGCUCCCGGAGACGCGGAGGGUCCCGCUCGCCGCUCGGGACGGACGGACGGACGGGCGCAGGGAGGGGAGGGAGGCGGCCAAAGACCCCGCGGGACCCCGACCACCGGGAAACGGCCCGCAACCCGGAAGCAGAUGCGGCUGCGGUUCCGGUCGGGCCCCCGCACCGGCUCCGCGCUCCGCCCGCGCUUGCUCUGCGCCCCGGACCCGGACCCGGACCCGCGCUGUGGCCGAUGGCGGAAGGGGACGCCGGCAGCGACCAGAGGCAGAAUGAGGAGAUCGAGGCGAUGGCGGCCAUCUACGGCGAGGAGUGGUGUGUCAUCGACGACGGCGCCAAGAUCUUCUGUAUCAGGAUCAGCGACGACAUAGACGACCCCAAGUGGACGCUCUGCCUGCAGGUGAUGCUGCCGGACGGGUACCCGGGCACAGCGCCCCCCGUGUACCAGCUGAAUGCUCCUUGGCUUAAGGGGCAAGAACGGGCAGAUCUGUCGAACAGCCUGGAGGAGAUCUACAUACAGAAUAUUGGUGAGAGCAUUCUUUACCUGUGGGUGGAGAGAAUAAGAGACGUCCUGAUACAGAAGGCCCAGAGGGCAGAGCCAGGCCCAGAGGUGAAGAAGAAGACGGAGGAGGAAGAUGUGGAGAGUGAAGACGAUGUCCUUGUGGCGUUCCAGCCCGAGACUCCGGGGCGAGCGCUGGGCUUCGACGUCGGUGAGAGUCAGACAGCCGGCACAGCAGCCGGGGCGGCUGAAAUGGAAGAGCUGCCGCCGAUCGACCACGGCGUCCCCAUCACCGACCGACGGAGCACCUUCCAGGCGCACCUGGCUCCCGUCGUCUGCCCCAAGCAGGUGAAAAUGGUUCUUGCCAAAUUAUAUGAGAACAAGAAAAUCGCUAGCGCCACCCACAACAUCUACGCAUACCGAAUAUUCUGUGAGGACAAGCAGACCUUCCUGCAGGACUACGAUGACGACGGGGAGACGGCGGCCGGCGGGCGCCUGCUGCACCUCAUGGAGGUCCUGAACGUGCGGAACGUGCUGGUGGUGGUGUCGCGCUGGUACGGCGGCGUCCUGCUGGGGCCCGACCGCUUCAAGCACAUCAACAACUGCGCCCGGAGCAUCCUCGUGGAGAGGAGCUACGCGGGCUCGCCGGAGGAAUCAUCGAAGGCUUUGGGAAAGAACAAAAAAGUGAGAAAGGACAAGAAGAGGAGUGAACAUUAACAGCCGAUACGACUUAGCGGUCAGCUUACCUGUAAUCAGACGCAGGCUCCUCACCCAUCAGACGUCUGUGCAGGGAGGGGCCCUGCAGCCCCGCAGCCAUUCAUCACGACACCAGCGUCAUCUCCUCCCCUCGGUCAUGUCAUCCGCCAGCACCAGACCCUGUGAGCACCGUGCACGUGGCUUCGGCUGCGGACGACGCGCUGGAGCUUCACCACCACUUCGCCCGCGAGGGAGGCAGCAGCUGCCGGGGCGGCGCCUGGACGGUCGCCUGGACGGGCGCCUGGACGGUCGCCUCGGCCGCGUCAAGUGCCUUUGUCGGUGGGAGCGCGGUCUCGGGAGGAGCGGCCGCGCCUGCUUCUCGUCGGGACGCGUUUUGCUGAGGGACACGCCUCGCGCUGCUCUUCCGCUCGGAGAGGACUCGCUGAGGACGGACCUGGGAGCCCCCUCCUGUGGUUUCCGUCCUCAGCGUGUCGCCCCUGCGGGUGGACGAGGCGGGCGCGGGCCUGUCCCCGGCCGCCAGGUGCUGGCGCGACUGUCACACCUGUGCUGGCAGGAGUGUGUGCCUCCGUCCCUGUUGGUGACUGAAUUUCAGAAAGCGGUUUUCUCGCCUCUGCCUUUUGGUUUCGUCCUCAUGAUGGGAAGCGGUGCACAUGGUGCCAGGAGCUCCUCCCGCCCCGAGAUGUGUCCGUUCUGCUUCUUCAGCCGGAAGUCCCUUUCCUGUGACCCCCACUGGGGAACGAGGGCUGUGCUGGGCGCGAGGCUGGGGCUGACGAGGAGAGAGGACGGGAGAGGGAGAGGGAGCAACAUCAGUGAUGAGACAGAACCAUGGAUCGGCCGCCUCCUGCACGCCCCCCACUGGGGAUGGAGUGUGCAACCCAGGCACAUGCCCUUGACUGGAAUCGAACCUGGGACCCUUCAGUCUGCAGGCCGACGCUCUCUCCACUGAGCCACACCAGCCAGGGCCCUUACUUGGUGUUUUUAAUAAGAAUAGCUUUCUGCUAGGAUGGAUUCUGAGAAAUGAGAUCUGAAUUAUAUUUGUUGUACGUGUUUAAUGUUGCCAGUUAUCAAUUGUCAUCAGAGGGCGACAUAUAUGUAUUUAGGUAGAACACAUCAAGUUCCAUGAAAAAUUCAGUAUGUCCUAUAUUAACUUAAAAAAAUUGAAGUUAAAAACUACCAGUUAGCAUGAAGGUAAUUUCACAAUUUUGGCACAUCAGGCCUGUGGUAGGGGCCAUAAAUCGGCAUCGGAAUUUGGUGCUGCAGAGAAGUAACUGCGAGUCCAUUGCUCUGUGCCACCAGAUUGAAUUUCUUUCUUGCUGAUUUAGCUAAUAUUUCCUUAGGUCUUUUAGAAAACCUUUAUUUCUGGGAUCUCAUUUUUCUUUAAAAGCAAUCUUAUUUUUGCUUCUUUCUACAGAAUUAUGAACCACAUUUUCCUGACUAAGGCACCUCAUUUCCUUGCCCCAGGCAGCUAGUUAAUGAGAAUCUCAGAGUCUCCGAUUCUGGUCCUGAGUUAUUUCACUGACUAUGUGUAUGGACCCCUCUCCAGUAAUCGUAUCUGUUUUUCUCUAUUUAAAAGUUUAUCUUGAGUCCAGGCCGGUGUAGUUCAGUGGGUAGAGCGGCGGCCUGCGGACCGAAGGGCCCCGGGUUCGAUUCCAUCAAGGGCACAUGCCCGGGUUGCAGGCUCGGUCCAACGUGCAGGAGGCAGCCGAUCAAUGAUUUCC